AUGAGCGUUGAGAGAAGAGAGAGCUAUAAGGCCAUCCUCCCCAUCCCACCACCCAGCCAUCACCAUCCCAAUGACCCGGAGGGGAAGACGAGACAAGACUCCCACACGGUAGCGUCAGCCUCCACGGCGACCUUCCGCGCGAUCCCUACGUCCCUACUCCCCACCAGCGACCGACUCGCCGCAUUCCGCGUGCUCACGGGAAUCGACACCUCCCCGGGCUUCAGCACCUGGGAAUACUUCCAGCGCUCAGCGACCAACAUUGGGAUCUACGCGCGCGUAGUCCGCGCAGAGAAACGUGCGGGGUUCGAGUAUCGCCUCUUUUCGAUCCUGAUCAACUUCUGCUUGGGCCUGCAGAUCAUCGUGGCCGCGUCCCUGACAGCGCUGGGGGCCGGGAACGGGCCGCGUGGGCUAGUCACGGCGUUUGGGGCAAUAAACACUGUCAUUGCCGGGUUUCUCACUUACCUGAAGGGAUCGGGGUUGCCUAACCGCAAGCGAUACUACCACGGGGAGUGGACCAAGGUUCGGCAGUACAUUGAGCAGCGAGAGCGGGAGUUUUGUCUUGAAGGAUGCGAGUUGGAUCUGGAGGAGGAGGUUGCGAAGAUUGACAGGAUGUACGAGGAUGUGCGGGCGGAGAUCGAGGCGAAUACCCCUGAUAACUAUGCGAGCGUGCGAGAUGCGAGGAACAGAACGAAGCCGGUCGCGCCACGGCCAGAGGAUGAGCUACCGUCACGAAGAGAGGAACGGGUAGGGCAAGGGCUGAGAAGAGCAUCGGACGUCAAGUCCCUGGGCUAG